CAAUUGCGAUGUUGCCUGCUGAUGAGAUCCAUGUCAGUGUCACUUACUCACUCCUCCUCCUCUUCUUCUUUCUGGUCUAGCCACCAAACCCAAAUCCAUCUUCUGCAUUCCUCCCUCCCCCUUACCCCAUCCCUCUUCCAUUAGCACCACCAUACCUUUCGACCCUCGCUUCCUCCCUAUCCUAAAGUGCUCGCUUGGAUCUAAAGCGAUUGGACCGGUCUAGUUUGACGAUCCUCGCCCAUGUCGGCUGAUCUGGUCUCCAGCCGUGCCUUGUCCAGAUCGUGCUAACGGGCCAACCGUUGCGCUAGAUGCAUUGCGAUCUGUCUCAGACCAGCCUUGCUCUCGACCUCGUCUCCAGCUCUCGUCUACACACACAUGGAUGAAUGUUUCCCACAAAGACACGGAAUGCGCAGAUCUGUCGGCGCCCACGUGGUGUCGACGCUUCUACUUGCCCUCGUUCUACUCUGCGCUGAUCCGACCUCUGCGCUGAUUCCAUACGAACCAUCGCAGCUACUCUACAGUCUCGACCAUAACGGCUCUUUUGCAUAUCUCUUGCAUGCUACGGGGUCUAGCCAGAAUGCCACCACGGAAUUUCUGGCCUUGAACGUAUCGGGAGUUGUCGACGCCGCGGAACCGCGUUAUUCGACUUUGACAAGUUCAUUACCCUUCCAACACCAUGGGAACGGUUCAGCUUAUGUACCAACUGUCAACGCCGCUGGCGUAAUCAAGGUACUCGCAGGUGGCUGUCGGGAAACUCUGGACCAAGGUGCGCUGUGGCAGUUCACCCCCAAAGCAACCGAUUCCACGGGCAAUGGCACUUGGGAACGGCUGGCCAUAGGUGGCUCCGCAACUCAGUCCAGUGUCGCUGUGCAUGGGCCCAAUUUUCUUUCGGCGGGUUUUGCAUAUGCGCCCACCAAUACAUCUGACAGUUCCAUCUAUGCAUUCGGCGGCAUGUGCCCGUUCACGAAUACCACAAAUCAAACCUGGAUGGCCGCGGCAAACUAUUCUCAGUCGAUGAUCGUCCUGAAUCCUCAUACUUCCGGGGAUACUGUGGUUUAUGACGCCUCUACAACUGGCAGUCGAGCCCCUCCUAUCGCGGAGGCCGGGUUUACAAUCACACCUCUGCAGGCGUCCUAUGCAUAUUCCUCCACCGGAGAGCCGCGCAAGCAGCAAGAUUUUCUCCUGAUUGGAGGCCAAACCCGGGACGCCUUCAUAAACAUGUCGCAGCUUGCCGUCUUUUCUCUCCCGCAGAAUAGCUGGAGCUUUGUGAAUGUGAUGACUGCACCAACCACGCUCAAAACAGAACUUGCUGUACGAGAAGUCAGCCUCGUGGAGCCAAGAUCGGGGCAUACAGCAGUUCUGUCUCCGGACGGCAGCAAAGUCAUCGUCUACGGAGGCUGGGUAGGGAACACGAGCACCGCAGCUCAACCGCAGCUAGCUAUCCUGGAGCUUGAAGCGGACUACGAAGCAUGGACCUGGAGGAUACCAUCGAUGACAAAUCCAGGAACUGAUGAAGCGGCGGGAAUAUAUGGGCAUGGUGCCACAAUGCUCCCUGGGGGAGUGAUGAUGAUCGCAGGGGGACAAACUAUUCCGAAUCGAUCUUCCAAACUAUCUUCCAGAAGCUCUCUAGACAACUCGCAGGUUUUUCUGUACAAUGUCACGUCGGGAAAUUGGGUAUCAUCCUAUGAAAACCCUUACUCGCGAAAAGCUAGCGUAUCUGCUUCUGGCACCUCGAAUUCGCGUACGAAGACCGGACUUGGCGUCGGCCUGGGCCUGGGGAUCCCCGCUGUGACUUGUUUAGCAGUCUUCCUUCUCUUCUAUAGCCGCAGGCGCUACAAGCGUCGCUCACGCGAUCAGGAAUUACGCAACUUGGCUCUUGGCGCAGAAAGAGCUCAUUUCUGGGGUGGCGAGGGGCCAAAUAUGGCGAGCAGCAUACGCAGACCCUUUUCCGGGGAGAUGGAAGAGAUUGCCGACUGGAAGAGUAAGCGCGGAUCUGGGCAGUCGUCUGUCUGGCGUGAUAAGACAGGAGGGACGAUCGCGGAGAGCACUGGCCUGCUUGGGGAAGCAUUGAGUCCCACCAAGUCCAACCUAUCUGGCCCAAUAGCGAGAUUGUACCGGCCUCCAACCCAAUACAGCGAGUUUCGCAGAAGCGAUGCCACCGGAGAAAUCCAUCCAAUUGACGAGCGCGAAGAAGACGAGGCAAAGAACGCCGGAAUGAUCAUUGCGCAGGAGACAUAUGACCAGCCAAGAGGAUCAGCCUUUCUACCGCCCUUGGGCGCCUACUCAGCUGUCCCCCUUGUACCCCCCGAAUUCAUUGCUGAGAUUGGCAUCGAUCCAGACGGUGGCCCCGCCUCUCCAGACAAAGGAGACCGGACUUCAUCCAAUCUGUCCGAUUCAUCAACCACUUCCGCGAAGUCCAUCAUCCAAGCCCGUGCUCUCAAUCUCCCGUACUUCUCCUCCAAUCAGUCGAUAAGUGGACGCCAAAUACCCCUGAAGUUCACCGAAGCAGCUUCCGCCUAUAGCAGUGGUGGCGGCAGCAGCAGCAGCAGCAGCAGUAAUAACAGCAGCCGAGAUGGCCCCCGCAGCCGGCCGAACAGCAUGGCGCUCUCCUUCGUUGAGCAGUGCUAUACCUCGGAUUCCUACUCGACGGCACAGACCUCGGUGUCACAACGUCAAUCCGAAGGCGAACAUCUCCUCCAACAUCACCAACCACCACAGAGCCUCGACGAGCCUACCUCCCCUCUUGCUCAAACGCUCGAGCUCUUCCCUAUGCCCGACAGCAAAACCAUCGCUUUGCCCACUGUCGGCAGGCCCCGAACCUCCGACUGGAUCGGCCACAACGUCCGCCGCGUCCUCUCUCUCACCCGGCGUCGACCACCGGCGGCAGACUUCCCCGAACCCCCCGGGGCUUUCACCUCCAUCGCCUCCGGCAUCGACAUCAACCUCGACCGCCGAAGCACCGUCGUCGGCAACGGUAGCAGCCGUCCGUCCCACGUAACCCCGUUGGCUCCCGGAUACGGGAACACGCGGAUCCCGCGCCGCUCCGUCAGCGCCUCCGCCGAGCUCUUCCGUCGCAAGCAGGGGGCCAGGGACUGGGGAGCCGGGAAGAGAAGCUCGGUCGCCGCUGGCCCCUCGUGGCGCGACGACACGGGGAUUGGUGACGAGCUGGGCGGAUUAUAUUCCGAUGGCGGCCUGCGACGGUAUGCUGAUGCCGAUGGCGCCGAUGAUGGGGAUGACGACUGGGACGUCGAGGGUGCGGCGGAGGGCCGACGAGUUCAGGUGACCUUCACGGUGCCGAAGGAGAAGUUGCGGGUCGUGAACGCUACGGCGGGCGAGUUGGAUGGCGUUUCGGAGAGGUCCGUGAGUGGUGGAAUCCCUCGCAUGGUCCGCGAGAUUUGAAAUGGCGUAUUGUAUAUGGGUCCGUGUAUACGCAAUCCCAAGGGGAAGGAAGGUCUGCCUCGUGCUAUCUUUCCUCUGCGAGUUUUUGGGUGGUUAUAUCCUGGCAAUGACGAAUUUGGCGAGCCCAGACCAACGUCCAUUCCCCUUCGUUACCAUUGUUACCUCUGUUUGUGUUUUGUGCUGGAUAUACGAUGUUGGCCAUGCUGAUAUUAAACGAUAUAUGUACGUAUGUGUUCACGAACCAUGUGGUGGGAAAUGAGGUUUUCCCCUGAUGUAAUGAUCUUACUAUAUUAUGAGCCAUGAGUGGAAACCCUCGAGAUUGCGAAUAUC